AAGAUAUGAGCAUGGAUUUUGUGAAACUACAGAGAAAGUAACCAAAGAAUCAUUAAUAAAAAGACCAUGGACAGAGCAAGAAAAACACCAUCGCCAUCAUCAGCACCAAGAAACAGCUCCUUAUCUCAACGACAAUCAUCCUUUCUUAAAAUGAAACGUUCUACUUCCAUUUCUACAAAAUCUAGAAAAAGUGACAAGAACAAGUAUGCAUACAUCCCAGACAACUAUUCUUCACUAGAACAGGUUACAGACGCAUUAAGAGCAUCUGGAUUAGAGUCUUCUAAUCUUAUCCUUGGAAUAGAUUUCACUAAGAGUAAUGAAUGGACAGGUAGAGUUUCAUUCAAUAAUCGCAGCCUUCAUGCCAUCACUGAUUCUCCUAAUCCCUACGAGAAGGCCAUAUCCAUCAUUGGAGAGACACUUGCUCCUUUUGAUGAUGACAACUUGAUUCCUUGGAUGGAGGUCGCGAUUACUGAUAUGACAAUUGUGGGUGAUUUUAGGCUUCAAUGGUAUGUAUCACCAAAAGCGGUCACCGACGGUAAUGAAAUAGUACAAGGGUGGGUAGGACAAGAACGGAGAAGGAGAUGUUCACCGGAAAUAACCAAGGCGACGACAUCAUUUCCAUGGAAGGUAACAUCUUGUCAACAGAAAAAGUUAAGGCAACGACACCAAUUUCUCUUCUUCGGGAAAGCGAAGAUCAGUGGUAAUCCGAUGAUGGUGGUUUGCGGUCCGACUAUGAUGGACGGCGAUCGUCAAGUAAUGGGGGAAUUGAUUUAG